GGGCAUUUGGACAACUCAAGUAGUGUGAAUCUGCUCUUCCAGACCAGCAGCAUCUGCAGCAGCAGAAUCUAGAGCAUUCAGCUGUUCAAACUCCCAGACCCCAGACCUCACCUGAAGACGUGAGCCAUUGAUGGGCUGGGCCGAGGCCAAGUUCGAGCGCUUGGGACUGUGGGUCCCUGUGCUGGCUGUCCUGCUGGGAGCCUGCCAGGCACGUCCCAUUCCUGACUCCAGCCCCCUCCUCCAAUUUGGGGGCCAAGUGCGCCAACGAUACCUCUACACGGAUGAUGCCCAGGAAACUGAAGCCCACCUGGAGAUCAGAGCUGAUGGCACCGUGGCAGGGGUAGCCCGCCAGAGCCCUGAAAGUCUCUUGGAGCUGAAAGCCCUGAAGCCAGGGGUCAUUCAAAUUUUGGGAGUCCAGACAUCCCGGUUCCUGUGCCAGGGGCCAGACGGGAGACUGUACGGAUCGCUCCACUUCGACCCUGAGGCCUGCAGCUUCCGGGAGCUGCUUCUUGAGGAUGGCUACAACGUUUACCAGUCUGAGGCCCUUGGCCUCCCACUCCGGCUGCCUCCGCACCGCUCCUCCAACCGGGACCUGGCCCCCCGGGGACCUGCUCGCUUCCUGCCACUGCCAGGCCUGCCCCCGGCACCCCCGGAGCCGCCAGGGAUCUUGGCCCCUGAACCUCCCGACGUGGGCUCCUCGGACCCCCUGAGCAUGGUGGGGCCUUCACACGGCCGGAGCCCCAGCUACACUUCUUGAAGCCACAGGCUGUGUAUGAUUGGGUCUCC